AUGGGCCACAGACACCACCCACUCACCCAUUCACUCUUCUCCCUCCCAAUGGUGUGGUCCUCCUUCACCUCCACAGAGACGUUUGCCGCUCAGUCAUGCGAGUUUCCAACGCAAGCACUCAAGGUGCGUUUCGGUAAUCCAAAAGCCAACACCUCUGACCAACAGAGGAGAUGCUCGCAGAGACCACACGGCUCCUCAACGCACCCUCAAGCCCUCCUCACGACUCGUUCAUGCGAUGGAGAGGAAGAAAAGCGACUCUCGCGUCAUAAAACGUGGCCAAUGGGAGCGGUGUCCACAUGCAGAGAAUGCCAAGUUGCGAAACAGAAGAGGCAAGAGGAGUGCUCGCAGUGGACGUCACCUGCCACGUCUGAUGUGCGUCGUCUCAUUCGUGCAACAGAGAACCAACGACACGGUUGUUGCGGUGCCUGCCCGUGUGUGCACCUCACUCUCGGGCCAAUGAACGCCCCAAGGAACAUCCUAUCGAGAGCAAGCAGCUGGCCGUGCAAACAGCACCAAUUCUUGCCAACGUCCCAGCGGCCGCUCUUUUUGGCGAGGCUCCGCUCUCCUUCCUUGUCUCCCGUGCACCAUCCUCGUAUGAAAUGA